AAUAAAAACCAACUGAAGGAUCUAAAAUUUUUGAACAAAAAGUAAAAAGCACACUAAAAAGAUAGAUCUCUCUUCCUAUCCCUCCGCUGAAACCAGUGUUCGAAGCGAUUGGCGGCUUGGAAAAUGGGGAUAUAUCUCAGCUCCCCCAAAACAGAAAAGGCCUCAGACGAUGGUGAGAAUGAAAGUCUUCGGUAUGGGGUAUCCUCUAUGCAAGGGUGGCGUGCAACCAUGGAAGAUGCUCAUGCAGCCUGUCUAGAUUUGGACACAUCAACAUCUUUCUUUGGUGUUUACGAUGGCCAUGGAGGCAAAGCAGUUUCAAAGUUCUGUGCCAAGUAUCUCCAUCAACAGGUGCUCAAGCACGAAUCAUACAUUGCUGGGGAUUUAGGAACUUCAGUACAGAAGGCCUUUCUUAGAAUGGAUGAGAUGAUGUGUGGACAAAGAGGAUGGAGAGAAUUAGCUAUUUUAGGAGACAAAAUGGACAAGAUUUCUGGUAUGAUAGAAGGAUUUAUAUGGUCGCCCAAGAGUGGUGAAGCUAACAAUCAAGUGGAUGAUUGGCCUCCGGAGGAGGGACCUCACUCUGACUUUCAUGGACCAAAUGCUGGAAGCACAGCUUGUGUUGCAAUCAUACGAAAUAACCAACUUGUGGUGGCCAAUGCUGGGGAUUCUCGCUGUGUCAUUUCCAGAAAGGGCCAGGCAUAUAACCUAUCUAAAGAUCACAAGCCUGAUCUUGAGGCUGAGAAGGACAGGAUUUUGAAAGCCGGUGGAUUCAUCCGAGUUGGUCGUGUCAAUGGAAGUCUCAACUUGGCACGGGCUAUAGGUGACAUGGAGUUUAAGCAGAAUGAAACUAUGCCUGCAGAAAAGCAGAUUGUAACUGCCAAUCCAGAUGUAACAACUGUUGAGCUUUGUGAGGAUGACGAAUUUCUUGUCAUUGCCUGCGAUGGCAUCUGGGAUUGUAUGUCCAGCCAACAACUGGUUGAUUACAUUGGAGAUCAACUUAAAACGGAAAGUAAACUCUCAGUCAUUUGUGAGAGAGUAUUUGACAGAUGCUUGGCACCCUCAGUUGGUGGUGAAGGAUGUGACAACAUGACUAUGAUCUUGGUUCAAUUUAAGAAGCCCAUCCACAACCCAAAUGCCGCUUCUACUUCUGCUGCGGAGCUGCCUUCAACGUCCAAUCAACCGGUGUCUAAUCCGAACGAAGGCCCUUCUAAAACUGAAUAGAUGACACACAAUUUUAAAAUUGACGAAGCUCACCAUUCAGUAAGUUAAAUUUUCUCAUUGGUCGAUAACUUGUUCAAGAGCGAUCUUAUUUUGUAAAGUAAAUUUCUCUUUGUGAAUGCCUUUUCUCUUUUGCCUCAGUACUGCGAACUUUCUUCCCUGAGGAUAGCUUUAUAUGACUUGCAUUUUUCUUCCACGUUGUGCUUGAUCUAUUAGACAUUUUUGAAAAAUUUAUGGAUCAACUAUUAGACAUGUUUGAAAAA